AUAAAAUUUUUGCAAUUGCGCGAAAUUUGAAUUAAAAGUGAACAAAAAAUUUGACACAAAGUUUCAUCGAUAUUUUAUAUGUUAGAUGAAAGUAUAAGUAAUUAAAUUCAACAAAAAUAAAAAUAGUAGUAUUUCAAAAAGAAAAAAAGUCAUUUAUCAUAACCAUAAACAUUUUUACAAUAACCAUCGGUUGGAUUUAACUUUUUAUAACAUAUUUUUUUGCAAAAUUAAGAUGCCAAUAUGCUAAUUGAAGAAUGUGCAUCUAUUCUGCAAUGGCAUCCAAAAAUAAUAUUAACUUCGACUUCACCAGUAUCAUGGCAAGGGUAUCUAAUAAUCGUAUGUCCUUUGAAUACUAUAGAAAAACAGAAAAUUAAAGUGAAACUAACUUUACCAAAUUAUCCAGCGUUACACAAUGCAGUGCUUAAUUUUGGUAAAAGUUUUGCUUUUUUACGGAAGAGAACAUUUAUUAAAAGUGUAAACGAUUUGAUUAAAAGGGCGUCUUCAGUAUCAUCUUUUUUGAGAUUAUUACAAUCACUUAUUAGUGAAUCUAUCUGUAAAUUAAACAAAGAAUAUAAUGUACCAAUCGAUUUAUCACCGACUGUCAUACUUCAAGAUUUAAAAGAUAUCUUUGAAUCUCAAUCCGAUAUUAAACUAUCAUCUAAUAGUUCAUUAAAUAUAAUUAAACUAUCAUUGAGGAACAUUCAUAUCGUAUUAAAAAAAACUAAUGAUAGUAUUAAUCCAUGGAAUGUUAUAUCCAAUGAUUUACCCGAAAUACCUGCAUUAGGAUCUUUUAACCAGAAUAUAUCUUCCCUAAUUACCGUAAUAAAUAAAUUUAAGCAACAAGUAGAAAUACUUGAUGAUUUAUGGCAAGUUCUAUCAGAUAUCGAUAGAAGUUGCUGCAUAUUAGAUCCAAUUCCUCCAAAGCCUUAUCAUUUAUAUAGGCGUGUGUACUUAUCAGAAUCAUUGUCGAUGCUGAUUACAAUAAACCCCCUAAAUCCUACCUCGCUUCCAGAAUUCAAAUUUUUAGGUAGUGAUGUAGAUGUACAAAGACAAAAAGAUAUUAUUUCUGAGAACAUGCAUAUAUGGAAUUCAGAAAAUGGCAUAUUAGAAAAUUUAUUCAUGUUGUUAAAUAUAUCUAAGUUUCCUCAAAAACAAGAACAAUAUGAUAGCAUUAAUGAUAAAAAUUGUAUGUUUAUGGAUGAAGAAUGUUGUAUUUGUUUCUCCUUGGAAUCAGAUAAGGAACAAUUUCCAAAUAAAAUUUGCGAUAAUAUUAAAUGCAGAAGACACUUUCAUACAAAAUGUUUGUUACAGUGGUUACAAGCAGUAGCUGGAAACCAAGUUGCAUUUGGUCACAUACAUGGUACCUGUCCUCAUUGUGAAGAAAAUAUAUCCUGUCCUAUUAAUUGAUUUAAUAAUUGAUUAUUAUUUGAAUAUGUGUAUAUGAGAAUAAUUAUUUUCUCUUGACCAUUGUUCAACAGAUUGAUUGAAUUCAUUUGUACCACA